GCAUGGCCGCCUGCCGGCCCGCGGGGAGCCGGCAUCGCCGCUGAUACACAGCGCCCACCGCGGGGCCGCCCCGCGCCGCCCGGCAUGGAGGAGAGCUCCAGCUGCGAGAGCCUCGGCGCCGGGCGGGCGGCGGCGGCGGCGCGGCCGCCCAGCGGCGACUCCCUGUCCAGCACUUCCACUUCGCACUCGGACCAUUCUACUCACACCAAAUCUGUUUCUGCUAUAUCGUCCGACUCGAUUUCCACCUCAGCAGACACCUUCUCUCCAGAUUUAAGGGUCCUGAGAGAGACUAAUAAAUUGGCUGAAAUGGAAGAGCCACCUUUGCUACCAGGGGAAACCAUUAAAGACAUGGCUAAGGAUGUUACUUACAUCUGCCCCUUCACUGGAGCAAUCAGAGGAACCCUUACUGUUACCAAUUAUAGACUGUAUUUUAAAAGCAUGGAACGGGACCCUCCUUUUGUCCUAGAUGCAUCUUUAGGUGUAAUCAACAGAGUGGAGAAAAUUGGAGGUGCUUCCAGUCGUGGUGAGAAUUCCUACGGGCUGGAGAUUGUAUGCAAGGAUAUUCGAAACUUGCGAUUUGCUCAUAAGCCUGAAGGGAGAACUAGACGGUCUAUAUUUGAGAACCUAAUGAAAUAUGCUUUCCCAGUUUCAAACAACCUGCCACUUUUUGCAUUUGAGUACAAAGAGGUUUUCCCAGAAAAUGGAUGGAAAGUGUAUGACCCAACUUGGGAGUACAGAAGACAGGGAAUUCCCAAUGAAAGCUGGAGGCUGACCAAGAUUAAUGAGCGCUAUGAGCUUUGUGAUACGUACCCUGCCAUUCUAGCUGUGCCUGUAAACAUUCCUGAUGAAGAAUUAAAGAGAGUAGCAUCUUUCAGAUCAAGAGGACGCAUACCAGUCUUGUCAUGGAUUCACCCAGAAAGUCAAGCAACGAUCACUCGCUGUAGCCAGCCAAUGGUGGGAGUGAGUGGCAAGCGAAGCAAGGAAGAUGAAAAGUACCUUCAAGCCAUCAUGGAUUCUAAUGCUCAAUCCCAUAAAAUCUUCAUAUUUGAUGCAAGGCCUAGUGUGAAUGCUGUAGCCAAUAAGGCUAAAGGAGGGGGCUAUGAGAGCGAGGAUGCCUAUCAGAAUGCAGAAUUAGUGUUCCUGGACAUUCACAAUAUUCAUGUUAUGAGAGAGUCGCUGAGAAAACUGAAAGAAAUUGUGUAUCCCAAUAUCGAGGAGACUCACUGGCUGUCUAAUUUAGAGUCAACUCACUGGCUAGAGCAUAUCAAGCUCAUUCUUGCUGGAGCCCUCCGGAUUGCUGACAAAGUAGAGUCAGGGAAGACAUCUGUGGUUGUGCACUGCAGUGACGGCUGGGACCGGACAGCCCAGCUCACCUCUCUCUCUCUGCUCAUGUUGGAUGGCUACUACCGAACUAUCAGGGGCUUUGAAGUCCUGGUGGAGAAGGAGUGGCUGAGCUUUGGCCACAGAUUUCAGCUGAGGGUUGGCCACGGAGAUAAGAACCAUGCAGAUGCGGAUCGCUCUCCUGUCUUCCUCCAGUUCAUCGACUGUGUCUGGCAAAUGACAAGACAGUUUCCUACAGCAUUUGAGUUCAAUGAGUACUUCCUGAUCACCAUCCUGGAUCACCUGUACAGCUGUUUGUUUGGGACCUUCCUGUGCAGCAGUGAGCAGCAGAGAGUGAAGGAGAGCCUUCCAAAAAAGACCGUAUCACUUUGGUCUUACAUCAACAGCCAACUGGAAGACUUUACUAACCCCUUGUAUGUGAGCUACUCCAACCAUGUCCUGUAUCCCGUGGCCAGCAUGCGCCACCUCGAGCUGUGGGUCGGCUACUACAUCCGCUGGAACCCCAGGAUGAAGCCUCAGGAACCUGUCCACAAUCGCUACAAGGAGCUUCUGGCCAAGCGGGCCGAGCUGCAGAAGAAAGUAGAGGAACUGCAGAGAGAAAUCACCAACCGUUCCACCUCAUCCUCGGAGAGAGCCGGCUCUCCCGCACAGUGUGUUGCUCCUGUACAGACAGUUGUAUAAUAUGGACUUUUCUUGCUGAGGAUCCUUCCCAGGACCACGGGGGCAGCUUUUCUGAAGCCCUCUGGAUUUCCAGCAUGGUAUCUGGAGGAUGCCAACCUAUUUAUUUAUUUCUCUCCAGGGUAAUUUAUUAGUACUGUAGCACUAGAGGAAGCUUAAGCAAAAACAACAGACAAGGCCCCCUAUGCAAUUAAUCUUCUCAGUGGCUAGCUUAUAAUACAAGCCGAUUGCUCUUACCACCUAAAAGAAAACUAGAGCUUGCUCUUUGCUCACUGAUGUGCUGGAAAUCACUUGGCUUUAAAGAGAGACACUGCACUAGAAUGAAGUACUGAGGAGGAAAAACAUCUGCUCAGAACUUUGAAAGGUCUCCCCUUUGCUAAAAGGAAAGACUAAAUCUGACUUUGUAUUGGAGACUCAAAUGCAGCUGUAACAGCACAAACCCUCUGCUAUUAAUUUCUGCACUGCAGUGUAAAUGAGGGUGCUUGCCAGCACACUUGGAGAGAAGCAGUGAUAGUGUCUGAAACAUAUCACUCCCUUCACCUUGAUCUAGAUCAUAGGAAGCCAUGCAAAUGAUGCCUUAUUUAAAGAAAGGGCAGCUCCUCCCACUAAAACACAAUGGUAGAGGAGAAACCUACAGGAUUUGUACAAAACCUACAUUUAUUUUGUAGGAUGCAAAAUCAAUGCAUCUCUGCAACUCCAGAAUCUCACAGUUUACAGUGGGUGUGCCAGGAUGCAACUUAAGCACCUUUAUUUCUGGCCUCCUGUGCCUCAUAGUCACCAGGGGAAAGGUAGUGGAAUGCCACAGGGCAUGUGUGAACUGCUGGGAUCAGCCAUUACAUUUUGCUUGGGUAAGCAUAAUUAGUGACUUUAAUGCUUCUGUGCAGGGUCAUAGUGGUGUACUUACAGUAUUUCAGUGUUCCGUUAACUAACGAAAGCAACUGUACAUCAACCAAAGAUGCCUUUCUGCCUGCAUUCCAACCGCUGCUUAAGGUUAUUCUGGCAGACCUAACAUCUUAGCCACAUUUAGGCCUUUUUCAGCAUAGUCUGCUUCAAGAAUUAGCAUCACUUGACUAAGCUCAAGUUGAAAUUCAGUUUUAAUACAAAAUUUUACUGCAGAACAGGGGAUAAAACACUCGGUAAAGCCGUGACUUCCCUGUUGCUCUUCCAAACAGGUAAGCACAGGGCUGUAGAAGAUUCGGCUUACAGGAAAGGCAUUUAGCUAUGUGCAAGGCUGCUUCUCACUUGAAUGCUAAGGAGGAGGGCACUGCUUGGUGGGAGUUCUUGUAUUGCUCUCUUAUGACAGGAUCCCAUACUGUGGUCACCUGUCAGCAUGCUGCUUCACUCAGCUACUCUUCCACUAGAGAGAAGGAUUUUCCAAGACAGUACAAGAGUGGACCAAUUUCCCCCAUAAGAUACUGCCUUUCAAAAGCCACAUUCCUUCCCAGGCAGUAACAAUAAUUUCCCCCUGCAGCCUCCACUUUUGCCUGCUCUACUACUGCAGUCACCAUCUCCGUGCUUUACAGAGAAAUCCACAGCCACCUUCUGACAAGAUGAAAACAGGCUGUACAGCAUCAGCACAUUUGUUAUAGGGUGGCCUGAGAUAUUAUGGUUCAAUAGUGCUAAAGAAUCCACACAAAAUACUUCUGAAGGACUUGGAUUUGCUUUUAUGGUAAAGGGCAGAUCUGCUCUUACAUACAAUCAUUAUACAAGAUGGUUCAUUGCAUUCUUCUGUAUUAGCAAAUUGACUAUGUGUGUAUAUUUUGUUUCUUGAUGAAGGCUGUUUGGUUUUGCUAACACUAAUAAAAACUGAUAAAAGGGUAA